AUGACUGACCUCCUAGAUAAACUAGGUGAUCUUAAUCUAGGACAGGAGGAAAUCACAAAUGUGUUUUCUACCAAUCCAUUGUCCUCACAAGGAACUAUUAAUGAUAACAUCAACACCGCUUUCUUUGAGAUUCAGAAAACUUACCAGGAACAAAUUAAAAGCUUCUGGGAACUGACCAGUCUCAAACAGUAUCUUGAGCAGAAAUUAGUUCCCAGAGGCCUUCGCCCCGACAUCCUUUUGCCAGACAAAAUCCAGACUGAAGAACAGCUCAGCGAAUGGAACUCUAUCUUAUUGAGCUGUUCCUUCAAAUUGAUGGAUUUCCUGGUUAAGUUGGAAACAAAUAACUUUGAGACAAGUAACCUUAAAUUAAAUGGAGAAAUUGCCCUCAUCAAAAAGUAUAAAUCAGAUGAUCUUUAUACCCCUAUGGAAAUCAAAUUGCAACAAAACAUUACCAACUUUAGACACCAUCUAAAAAUCAAAAAACACAACAAAUUUCAAAGAGACUUCAAAGAUUUUAAAAGUGGAACCAUUUUCCGACAAACCAACAAAAAUACGAGACGCAGAAACAGCUAUAGGGGCUCCUCUUCUGCCGAAACAGACUGGUCAGACCAGGAUCAACAAUCACAGAACAGACGGAGAUCCCCUUACACACGGAACAGAACAUAUACAAAAGACACCAGUUCACAGUCAAACUCCAAUAAGAGUAUCCUUAAGAACCCUGAAAAGGUAGUUUCCUUUCUGGAUAUACCCAUCUCAGGGGACACGAACAACUCUACUCCAACUGUCCCCUCUUCAAAUCCUUUUUUAGAUCAGCAACAACCAUACCAACAACGGGGACGUCUAAGAGACAGGGAUCGAUGGUCGUACAAGACCCAAAACCGGACCCCAAGAACUUAA